UAAGCGACGGAGAUGCGCGCAGGGCCUGUUAGGUGAAGGAGCAGAGCGGCCGGAAGCGCGGAGGGAGCCGCAGGAUGGACCGCAGCCUGCCAGUUUUCUCCAUUCAAGAUAGUCCCUUUGGAGAUGCGCCCCUGGGUCGAAGCCACUACUGGCCAUCCCGGAGCCAGACCUGGUGUCCCAGGACCCUGAGCCCAUCCAGAUCUCAGAGAUCCAGGAUCCCACAAGCUCCCAAGGCUCUAGCCACAGGUCCCAACUCCCCUCAGCUGUUUGAGGAGUCCUGGCCAUCCAGUUCAGGGACCCCUUCCCCGCCCAGCACCACUGAGGGACAGAUGGGGGCCUCCCCAGCACCCACCCUGAUUGACAGCGGGGACUCCGUGGUGGCCAAGUAUAUAAAGAGGUUCCGCCAGGCUCAGCCCACCAGUCGAGAGGAGCGCCAGCCUGCAGCCCCAACCCCAGCUGACUUUUGGUGGCUGCAGUCUGACUCUCCAGACCCCAGCAGUCAAAGUGCAGCAGCAGGAGCCAACAAACCAGAAGGAAGGCCCCAUACAGCUGUCCCUACUGUGGCCAAGGUGACCAGUGCAUCCCACGCUGUGGCUCCCCUUCAAGAAAUAAAGCAGAACCUCAACACAUGGAACUCAUCCCUGCUGGACCUGGAGACGCUGAGCCUACAGAGCAGAGCUGCCAGGCUGCUCAAACGCAGCAAAGCCUCCAUCUCCUCCUCCUCCUCCCUCAGCCCCAGUGAUGCCAGCACUUCCUCAUUCCCCACCAGCUCCGAUGUCCUCUCUCCCUUCUCGGAGACCUUCAUCCCUGACUCCAGCAAGGGCCCUGGCCCCAGGGCACCCGCAUCCCUAGCACCAGCCCAGGCCCAGACCCCCACCCCUGCUCCAGCCCCAGCCUCCUCCUCCCAAGCACCCCUUCGGCCAGAGGAUGACAUUCUGUACCAGUGGCGGCAGCGGCGGAAGCUUGAACAGGCUCAGGGAAGCAAGGGUGACAGAGCUUGGGUGCUGCCUCUGACCCCUGCCCUCUGCACUCUGACCUCUCCUGCUCCAGUGGAGACCCUCAGUUCUCUGGGGACCCAGCCUAACCAUGUCCCACUGUGGAGCAGUGUGGCCCAGCCUGGUCCACCAGAGGCCUUCUAUGUGGAGAGGCCUCCUUUUCCCUCAGUGUCCUCUCCACACAUCUUUUGGGCCCCCAGCUCUCACGGGUUCUUCUGGGCCCCACAAUCUGGGCCUUGGGUAUCCCUCGGGGCUGUUCCUCCCACGCAGCAGGCCUCCACCCUAGCACAUCUGGGCUCCACCCUCGCGCCCCCAGCUUCCCUGGCCUCUACCCUCAAACCCCCGGCCUCCACCCUUGCACCCCUGGCCUCCACCCCAGCUCCCCUGGCCUCCACCCUUGUACCCCCGGCCUCCACCCCGGCUCCCCUGGCCUCUACCCCUGCACCUCCAGCCUCCACCCUGGCAUCCGCAGCUGUCCCCCAGGGCCUGCCCAUCCCUGAGCCAAGCAGCUGUGCCCAGCCUAAGAGCCUGGGGCCCAAGUCUCGGAGGAGCAGAGCCCCUCGCCCAGAGGCUGCUGAGCAAGUCCCUGCAGCUGGCCAGGGACCUGGCCCUCAGCUCAGGGGUGUCCUGGGCCAGGUAGUGGCAGCUCGGCUGUUCCCUGACAGCCUGGAGGACACACCUCCUCACUUGGAGGGCCCGCCUCCACCCAAGGCUGGAUCUCCGAAAGUCAAGGCCACACAACCCCAAACCAAGGUCACUCCCCCUCCAUCUGAAUCCCAGUGUCGGGCCAAGGCCGAGUCUCUGAAAGCCAAGGCCUUGCCGCCCGCAGCGGGGUCAGUGAUAUGGAAGAGCGAAGCCACUCCUUCCCCUGGAGCCUGCCUGCAGUUCGAGGUCCCACUCUCUCCAGCUGAGCAGGCAUCCGCAGUCAAGGCCUCGCCGCCUUCCUUCCAAGUGGGGUCUCCGGAGGCCCUGGCCCCGCCACCGCCCGCUGCUGACCACGCCCCCUCGGAGGCCCUGCUCGCCCAGGCCACCAGGCUGCUGCAGGCUGCAGAAGACUCCGACGGCAGCGAGUUCCAGGACGAUCCCGUGCUGCAGGUGCUAAGAGCCCACAGGGCAGAGCUGAGUCGGCAGAAAAGGGAAGCGGACGCCCGAUUAUCGUUCCUGUUGGACCAGGCCGAAGACCCGGGAUCUUGGUCCCCUCCAGCCGGGUCGCCCUCUAGGUCCCCAAGGAGGCUGCUACGAAGGGAAGGAGCUUCCCUGGAGGCCAGACGACUUUGAAUUGUACAGAUUCUAUUUUACCCACUAAGGCUUUUUUUUUUUUUUUUUUUUUUUUUUUUUUUUAAACGGUUACUGGUUAUCUGUGAGAAAGGGGUUGUUUGGAAAGGCCAAGGGGUCGUGCCAAUUUACGGAAAUGCCCCCCAUCCUCCACUGCCCCGUGGCUCUGCCCUGCCCCCCACCCCUUCCUGACCAUGGAAACAAGAUCUCCUUUCUGGUUAUAUCUUCCUUGGGGCAGAGGGAGUUUCAGACAAGACUUCUGGCAAGACUGGGACCCCCCCUUAUCUGACUUCACUCAGGAGCCCUGGCUCAAAUGGACCAAAGGACUGUCCUCCGGGGAAGAAGCUACUAGGGUCAUCAGAGUGUUGGAUGAUGGUCAGGCUGUAGCCCACACCGGCUUGAGCAGCAGCAGCAUCUGGUGCAGCUGACCCCUUCCUCCUUGAAGCACUUUCUCUCCCUGUUUCCAGCACUUCUCUCUGCACCUCUCUGGUCAGGCCUCGUCACUAGCCCAGCAUGUCAACUUUGGCAUGACCCAGGGCCAUGGCGUUGACAUCUCUAUCUACACCCAUCCAUAGGUGCUUUUGUCUAGCUUAAUGACUCUAAACCCCGUCUCUAUUCUGAUAAUCCUCAAAUUUCUGUCUCUAACCUAGACCUGGCCACAAAACCUUGGGCUCCUACCUCAUCACCAUUUCUACCCAAGGGUUUAAAAGACAUCUCGAAUUCCAUAGGUCCUAAACAGAGUUUCCAGUCUUUCCCCCUAAGUGUGCCUCUCCCCAGCUUUCUUUCUUUUUUUUUUUUUUUUUUUUGGACAGAGUCUAGCUCUGUCGCCCAGGCUGGAGUGCCGUAGUGUGAUCUUGGCUCACUUCAAGCUUCGUCUCCCAGGUUCAUGCCAUUCUCCUGCCCCAGCCUCCCGAGUAGCUGGGACUACAGGUGCCCGUCACCAUGCCCGGCUAAUUUUUUUGUAUUUCUAGUAGAGACGGGGUUUCACUGUGUUAGCCAGGAUGGUCUUGGUCUCCUGACCUCGUGAUCCACCUGCCUCGGCCUCCCAAAGUGCUGGGAUUGCAGGCAUGAGCCACCAUGCUGGGCCUCGCCUCCCCAACUUUCUUCAGCUCUGUCCUUUGCUGCUCAGACCAAAAACCUUAGAGUUGUCUUUGACUUCUGUCUUUCCCUUCCACCCACAGUUAACCAGCAAAUCCUGCCAUCUCUGCCUUUAUUUUAUUUUAUUUUAUGUUUUGAGAUGGAG